AUGUAUUAUGCAGUUGAUUAUCCUAAAUUUAGUGUCAUAUUCUUGAUAAGAUUUCGAGAGUUUUUGGUUUCUUAUAAUCGCAUUUGUCUUUUUGAAUUUCAAAGGAAAUUUAUUCACCCCCUUCAUAAUAACAAUAAGGCAUAUAAAAUUCAGGAAUAAGUUCAUCCUCUCUAAGAACCUAUGUCCACACCUGCUUUACCAUCUGAUCUUACUUCAAUUUCUUGUACAUUUAUUAACCAUUCACAAGCAGACCAAAAGUAGAAAUUUGGAACAGUAUAUGCGAAUAAUAUUAUUGGACAUUUGAUUUAGUCGAAGGAUACAUUCACAUUGGGAGGAUCAAAUUCUUUGGGAAGUUAAAAGUUCUAUAAGUCUUACAACUCUUUAGGUUAAAGUAAAGCAGAUGGUCCUCUAUUUAGAUUAGAGAAUACAAGAACAAUGGGAUUUGAAUAAUGGCCUAAAGUUAUCACUUAGAACUUUAACUAGUAACAAAGUAUAAAUAUCCUUCAUCUUUGAAGCUACCUAUUCCAAAGAAGGUUGAAAAAACCUAUGCUUGGCUUAAAAUCAAAAAAAUUGUAUAAUCAAAAAUGCAAAUGAAAUAUUUUAUCAGCCCGAAAUAAUUAAUAGCAGAUAAAUAAUUGAUAUGA